AGGAUACAUCUUGUCUCGAGUACUUGGAGGUUUGGGAAUGUCCAUCUCUUGCAUCCUUAUCAUCCAGAGGCCAACUACCCAGGACACUUAAACACCUUCACAUAAGGGAUUGUGAACGACUGGAGUCAAUAACAAAUAUGUUCCACAGGGAAACUUGUCUUGAGCAUAUUGUGAUACAGAGUUGUGCAAACCUUAAAUCCUUACCAGACGGCCUAUGCGACCUCACUCAUCUUCAACAGUUAAUUGUUAUGGAUUGUGGAAGUCUUCUAUCCUUCCCGAGUGGAGGGUUACCAACAGCAGCCUCCAACCUGACAAGCAUCUUUGUCUACAAUUGUGAUAGCUUGGAAGCUUUCCCCAGAGGAAUGGACAAGCACAUCUCUCUUCAGACAUUGUGGAUUGGUUACUGUGAAGGUUUGGCAUCCAUUCUAGAAGAGGGUUUUUCCCCAAACCUAGUUGAGCUUUACAUUGUGAACCCUUUACGUUGCAAGCCGCUCUCUGAAUGGGGGUUGCAGUUGCACAGACUCAAUUCCUUGAAAGAGUUGUGGAUCCAGGGUGUUGAUCCAAAACUGGUAUCAUUUCCACCGGAGGAGAUGGAGAUGCGGCUACCUAAAUCUCUCAUUAAAAUCAGAAUUGGAGACUUCCCAAAGCUAAGGUGCCUAUCCAGCAAGGCCCUUCAGUCACUCACCUCUCUUGAAUCUCUUAGAAUUGAAGAUUGUCCAAAGCUAGCAUCCAUUCCGGAGGAGGAUCUGCCUAUUUCACUUACACAACUCCAUAUCUCCAAUUGUCCUCUGCUAAAGAAGAGAUACAGACCAGGAAAAGCGCCACACUGGCCCAAAAUAUGCCACAUUCCUUACAUACAGAUCGGAUAGUACACACCAAAAGGCUUGUAACCGGAAUCCCUUCUCCCCAGGUGAGCAAGUGUUUAGGCACCAACUACAAGUACAAGGUUGAGAGAGCUGCAUGAGCAAUGUGAAGGUGAAUG